CGCACACUUUCCUUCUUCUACUGACCAUCUCCACACUCCUUCCUCUCUUGUUGAACGAAUUCGCUACCUCCAGACCAAACUCCACGAAACGAACACAAUGGGUUGGGCCAACGUUGACGAAGAGGAGGAGGCUGAGUACCUUUCUUGCGAUGACAUGUCAAUCUCAGAUGGCCACAGCAACCAUGGCCAGCAGUUAGGUGAUGAAACCAGUCAGUUGCAAGACCCGAAUGAAGACGAUGGUGACGAUUCGGAUAAAGACUCUGAGGGACACGGUCCGAAGACAACUUCGGAGAAGCGCAGAGCACAGAAUGCCAUUCUAAGAGCAUUUGCCAAUAACAUCAAUGUUCAUGUCACGCAGCGGGAGGUCGAUGAAGCUGUCUCAAAGACCGCAAACGAGGAACAGCUCUCCAUUCGCGACAUCCUUGCGAAGCAGGAAACGGCUGUCCGCAUAACCAACCCUCGAGACUAUCAGACCGAGUUGUUUCAGAGAGCAAAAUGCGAGAAUAUCAUCGCUGUACUUGACACAGGAUCAGGCAAGACCCAUAUUGCGACACUUCUACUCAAGCACAUUCUCGACGAAGAAUUAGAAAACCGAGCCAAGGGCGGUACUCGCAAGAUUGCGUUCUUCCUGGUCGACUCAGUCAAUCUCGUCUUCCAGCAGGCAAACGUCCUCAAAUGUGGUCUUGAUCAAGGCGUCGAGCCUGUGUGCGGCGCCAUGGGCGCCAGACUCUGGGACAGCUCUACUUGGAUUGCGUAUUUUGCAAAGAAUAUGGUCAUCGUCUGCACUGCAGAAGUGCUCUCACAAUGCCUCAUGCAUUCCUUCAUCACCAUUGCUCAGAUCAACUUGCUCAUCUUCGACGAAGCUCAUCACGCUAAGGACAAUCAUCCCUAUGCUCGGAUCAUGAAGGAUUACUACUCACAAGAGGUUGAUUUCUCGAAGCGACCUCGCUUGUUUGGUAUGACAGCAUCUCCAGUAGAUGUCGGAGGCCUCAAACCCGGGGUUGUGGUGGAAGCAGCAGCCACCCUAGAAAAGAUGAUGUACUCGAAGAUCGUCACCAUUAGUGAAGAAGCACUCGCUGCAAACAACAUCAGUCGUCCUGACGAGCACGUCGCCCUUUACGAUCGCUUGCGAGUCGAGUUUGAAACGCCAUUUCACAACAUAGUCAAGGCACGGUAUUCUAAUGUGAAAAAGUUCAACAAGUUCUUUAUCACCUCCAAACGAAUUGGCUCUGAGCUAGGGAGAUGGGCUUCGGACAUGUACUGGUCGUUUGCUUUCGCGGACGAGCAGGCUCGCAAGUUACAACAACGGGAAGAGUACCAGUACAACAAAGUCAAUGGGGCGCGUGUCAAUGUCGAGGAGCUUGAUGCAAGGAUACAGCGUCUCAAGGAUGCGGCAAGCUUUGUGCAAGGGCACGACUUCGGCGCACCUAUUCUCGCUAGCAGCGACCUGAGCUCCAAAGUCCUGAAGCUCCACGAAUGGCUCAACAUGUACUACGAGAGGAGUGACGAGCCGCGAUGCAUUGUCUUCGUCGAGCAGCGUCAGACUGCUCGCCUGCUCAAGCUCAUAUUCGAUCACAUUGGCGGGCCAAACAUCCGCUGUGACGUCUUGGUUGGCGUCAAUAACCGCGCCGGCGAGCACAAUAUCUCACUACGGGCUCAGAUAUUGACAGUAUCGAAGUUCCGACGAGGCGAACUGAAUUGCAUGUUCGCCACGUCUGUUGCAGAAGAAGGUCUUGAUAUCCCUCAAUGCAACCUUGUGGUUCGCUUCGAUCUUUACCGUACUAUGAUCGGGUACGUCCAGUCAAGAGGCCGCGCGAGACAUCGCAAUUCGAAAUACUUGCACAUGCUCGAGAACGGCAAUAAUGAUCACCGCGAGCGACUCAUGCAGGUCAGGCUCGAUGAGACUGUCAUGAGAAAUUUCUGCAAGGGUAUGGCGCGCGACCGUCUCCUGGACAGCCUGGGCGAUGCUUUAAGCGACUCGUUGAAUAUUGAAGAGAAGCUUUAUCCCAGCUUUGUCGACCCAACUUCAGGUGCGACACUCACUUAUCGGUCAAGCCUCAUGGUGCUCAGCCAUUUCGUUGCCACUUUGCCAACUCCGAACCAUGAGACGCACCUGCAACCAACCUACAUUCUGAAUGCUGAUGUCAGUGACGACCCACAAGACGCACUGCGGACGGGAUUCAGAUGUGAAGUCAUUCUACCCGAGUGCUCGCCUCUAACAUCCAUGACAGGGAAGGUCGAGAGCCGGAAGACCAUUGCGAGGUGCUCUGCAGCUUUCGCCAUGUGCUUGGAGCUCCGGAAGAAAGGUUACCUAGACUCCAACCUACUCCCCACAACCUACAAGAAGCUCCCAGCCAUGAGAAACGCUCAUCUUGCUCUUGGCGAGAAAAAGAAGGGAAAGUAUUCAAUGCUGAUCAAGCCACAAUUCUGGAAGCAGGGGCGCGGCUCGGUUCCCGAAGCCGUCUAUCUCACCACGGUUGAUUUCGAUGCGGGACUUGAUCGCCCUCAUCAGCCGCUUGGGAUCUUGACUAGGACUCCGUUUCCCCAGCUACCAUCAUUUCCGGUAUUUCUCUACGAUGGUCGGGUGUCCAAUGUCGUCUCGCAUUCACUGACGGCGCCAUUCGUGGUCGACACCGAGACGGUAGAGAUCCUCACUAAGUUUACGAUGAGAAUCUACGAGGAUGUAUUCAACAAAUUCUUCGAGUGCGACACAAAGAAGCUUUCGUACUGGCUAGUGCCACUCCUGCCACUUGGGCGCGCGCCGCUUGGAGAACAGCGCAACCUAGAAGAUAUUGUGGAUAUGUUGCAAGUACGCAAGGUCUACCAGAAGCCAACCUGGCGAUGGACCCCAGAAACAAAGAUUUCAGACAUUUUGGACAAGUUCAUCCCAGACCCCUUCAGUGGUGCGCGAAGGUUCUACUCUGAGAGCGUUGCCACCGAGUUCAAACCACUGGAUCCGCUUCCUCCGCACAUUCCACGCCAGGGUCGCAAGUACGUCGAUACUAUUCUCGACUACUCAGACAGCAUGUGGCGCAAAGGAAGAGACAUUAAUAGGUGGCAUCUCGAUCAACCUGUUCUUAACGCCGAGAACAUUCCGUUAAGGCUGAAUCGCCUUGCCCCCCUGGAGGCUGACAAGGACCACAAGACUUUCAACAGGGCUCAUCUGCACACCGUCAUCUGUCCCGAGCCCCUGUGUGUCUCAAAUAUGGCGACACCGUUCGUUGUGACAUGUUUCGUCGUUCCUUGCAUCAUUCAUCGAUUCGAGAGCUACUUGAUAGCUCUGGAAGCUUGUAGACACGUUGAUUUGAACGUCAGCCCUGCACUCGCCCUUGAAGCGCUGACCAAGGAUUCAGACAGUUCUGGAGAUUACGGUGAACAGGUGAUCAACUUCAGGAGCGGUAUGGGUCCCAAUUAUGAACGUCUCGAGUUUCUUGGGGACUGCUUUCUCAAGAUGGCGACCUCGAUCUCGACGUUUGUGCUUCAGCCAGAUGAGAACGAGUUCGAGUUUCACGUUCGCCGUAUGCUCAUGCUCUGCAAUGCGAAUCUCAUGGACACCGCUGUGGGCAAGAAGGAGUUCAAGUUUGCGGAUGGAGAAGAGCGAGGCUUGCAGCUCUACAACUAUAUUCGAACCACAGCUUUUUCGCGUCGUUCCUGGUAUCCCGAAGGCAUUGAGCUUCUCCGUGGUAAGAAGAACGACGCCAACUGGCUCUCGCCCACUCAUAACUUGGGCGACAAGUCCAUCGCCGACGUCUGCGAAGCGUUCAUUGGCGCUACCUUCAUGCAACACCAUCACGAAGGUCGGUGGUCGCCAACAGACUGGGACGAGAGUGUCAAAGCUGUCAAGCUAUUUGCCAAUAGUCCUGACCACCCCCAAUCGAAGUGGUCCGACUACUACGCUGGGUACGAGAAGCCGCAAUACCAGAUCGCCGAAUCGACCGCAGCCCAGCUCGACCUCGCGCGCAAGAUCGAAGCCAAACACCCCUACAAGUUCAAAUACCCGCGCCUCCUCCGCUCCGCUUUCGUGCACCCCAGCCAGCCCUUCAUGUGGGAGCAAAUCCCCAACUACCAGCGGCUGGAGUUUCUCGGCGACUCACUCCUCGACAUGGCCUUCAUCAUGCACCUUUUCUACGCAUACCCCGACAAAGACCCACAGUGGCUCACCGAGCACAAGACCCCCAUGGUCUCCAACAAGUUCCUCGGCGCCGUCUGCGUCGCCCUCGGCUGGCACACGCACCUCCGGCAGAACAGCGCGCUGCUCAGCACCCAGAUCCGCGACUACGUGACGGAGCUGCACGAGGCGCAGCGCGAGUCCCCCGGGUCGGUGGACUACUGGGUCGGCGUCAGCGAGCCGCCCAAGUGCCUCGCCGACGUCAUCGAAGCCUACGUCGCCGCGCUCUUCGUCGACGCCGAGUUCGACUUCAACCCCGUCCAGGACUUCUUCACGCUCCACCUCAAGCCGUUCUUCGAGGACAUGACGCUCCCCGCCUACGAAACGUUCGCGUCAAACCACCCCACCACCCGCCUCGCCCGCCUCCUCGGCACCACCCUCCUCUGUUCCGAGUGGCGUCUGGGCACCAGCGAGGUCGCUACGUGUAUCCCCGGCAAAGCGAAAGCGGUGGCGGCGAUGGUGCUCGUGCAUGGCGAGGUGAGGUGGCAUAGUCUGGGCCAGAGUGGGCGGUAUGCGCGUGUAAGGGCGAGUCAGAGGGCGCUGGAGGCGCUGGAGGGGAUGCCGCUGUUUGAGUUUAGGGCUAGGUUUGGGUGUGAUUGCGUUGGUGGGGGGGAGGCGGCGGGGGUGGAGGGUGUGGAUGUGGAGGGUGCGGUGAGGGAUAGGGUGGGGUUGAGUAUCUAG